UCUAGAGUACUCCACGAUCAGGGCCAUCUUUGGUCGUCCUCGCCGGUGACAGUGUGGACAGUUUAUUCCAUUGAUCAUUUAACAAAAAAGCCUUAAUGAUUAAUAAAUAAUACUUAACUUUGAUCGCGCCGUUUGAAGCACUCGGGCAGACAAGCAGGGAGCACAAGUGUGUUUUAUUUUUCGUGGACUCACUGGCAUUCCUUUCCUUCAAUACCCUUCAUUUCUUGAGGCGAAAAGAGGGCGAGACGGGAGAGGCAGUGCUUACAACAUGGAUGAGGAAUAUGAUGUGAUCGUUUUGGGCACCGGACUCACAGAAUGCAUCCUGUCCGGGAUCAUGUCUGUGAACGGGAAAAAGGUUCUGCACAUGGACAGGAACCCCUACUAUGGUGGCGAGAGCUCUUCCAUCACCCCCCUGGAGGAGCUGUACAAGCGCUUCAAUCUUCCAGACUCUCCGCCCGAGUCGAUGGGCAGAGGACGGGACUGGAACGUUGACCUCAUCCCCAAGUUUCUCAUGGCCAACGGUCAGCUCGUGAAGAUGCUGCUAUACACAGAAGUGACACGAUACCUGGACUUCAAAGUGGUGGAGGGAAGCUUUGUCUACAAAGGAGGAAAGAUCUUCAAGGUGCCGUCGACCGAGACUGAGGCGCUAGCUUCAAAUCUGAUGGGGAUGUUUGAGAAGAGGAGGUUUAGGAAGUUCUUAGUCUUUGUGGCCAACUUCGACGAGAAUGACCCCAAGACCUUCGAGGGCGUGGACCCCAAAACCACAACGAUGAGGGAUGUUUACAAGAAGUUUGACCUCGGCCAGGAUGUCAUUGACUUCACCGGCCACGCCCUGGCCCUCUACAGGACAGAUGACUAUCUUGAUGUUCCCUGUUUGGAGACGAUCAAUCGCAUUAAGCUGUACAGUGAAUCUCUGGCCCGGUAUGGGAAGAGCCCCUACCUCUACCCCCUGUACGGUCUGGGAGAGCUGCCACAGGGAUUUGCCAGACUGAGUGCAAUCUAUGGAGGAACCUACAUGCUGAACAAACCCGUGGAUGAGAUAGUGAUGGAAGGUGGCCAUGUUGUUGGAGUGAAAUCUGAGGGAGAGGUGGCUCGUUGUAAGCAGCUCAUCUGUGACCCCAGCUACAUCCCGGACCGCGUCCGCAAGGCGGGUCAGGUGAUCCGUGUGAUUUGCGUCCUCAGCCACCCCAUCAAGAACACCAAUGACGCCAACUCCUGUCAGAUCAUCAUUCCUCAGAAUCAGGUUAACCGCAACUCAGACAUCUACGUCUGCAUGAUCUCCUAUGCUCACAACGUUGCGGCCCAGGGGAAAUACAUUGCCAUCGUCAGCACCACAGUGGAAACCAGCGAGCCCGAGACUGAGAUAGAGCCAGCCCUGGAGCUGCUGGAGCCCAUUGACAAAAAGUUUGUGGCUAUUAGCGACCUUUAUGAGCCCACAGAUGAUGGUACUGAGAGCCAGGUCUUCGCCUCAAGCUCCUACGAUGCCACCACUCACUUCGAGACCACUUGCAACGACAUCAAGGACAUCUACAAACGUAUGACCGGGAGCGACUUUGACUUUGAGAACAUGAAGCGCAAACAGAACGAUGUGUUUGGGGAGGAUGAGCAGUGAGCGGUAGAGAGGGGCAUCCGGGAGAGGGCGGGGCCGGGAGAGGAGGCGGGGCGAAAAAGGGGCAAAAGAGGCGGCAGAGCCUGCGGUAGAGGGCGAGGGCUGCCCGGGCAGUCCUUUAAAUUUAAAUGGGUGGGGGAGAGGGUGCGCAUCUGGACUCUGCCUGCUCUCGGCCGGUUUGCCUCCUUUUCCAAACGUCCCGCUCUCUCUUGACACAUGUUCAGACACAUAAAAUGCUCACAAACUCACACAUACACACUGUUUCAAAUACUCACACUCCUUCUCUCUGUCACUGAAAAGCAGGGUUGAUACGGUCUUUCAUUCCAUUGUAGAAUUUACAGUAUAAUCAUGUCUUAACUAUUAUCAUUAGAGGUGAAUUUAUUACUCGUGGGCGAUUUUCAAAGCAUUUCAUUCUUUCUGUAACGUCUUUGUCCUCAUAGCAGAGGUUGGGUGGAGGGGAGGAUUGAUCGGCAUCGAGAGGUCUGAACUGCCAGCUCUGACAUGAGAGAUGAUGUAAUGGCUUUAGUGUAGAAUCCUCUGGAAGGGUCACCUCCAGUUGACAUGCAUGCAUCUUUUACACACAGUAGUAUUGUACAUAGACUCAAAAGACACUGCUGUAUGAAGGCUGGACCAUUCCACGUAUCGCUCCUGUCAACCCUGCUUUCACUUUUUCUCUUACUUGGUCUUUUACAUGUGUUACUUCAAAAGACGCCGCUCCUUUUGGCAAAAAUCUGUUGGUCAGGCAAAAAAAAUGUGAUGAAAAAUUACAUAUAAAUGGGCUGUUCUGUCAACUGAUAGUGCUCACUUUGCAAUGCUGUUGUGUUCCCUGUGCUAGCAGGCAAGCUAACCAGUGGCUAUUAACUGUCACCCACCCCCCCAAAACCACCCUCACCCCCCCAACAAAACUGUUCCUUUGUUUAUCUCUGUUGUGUGAUGUCAAUUUUGAAUUUGAAUAGUUUACUUUCUAACAUUUUAAAUUAUUGAAGAGUUUUAUUUCUAUAUAUUUGGUGCACAUUUCACUGGCUGAAGUUAUGAAGUUUACAGGUCUGAGGUUGAAACUGUGGUCUUCAAGUUUAAAAACAAAAAAAAGGGAAUGUAAGGAACAGAAGGGGCAUGGAGAGGAUUUGUCUUUCUUCGUGUCGGGCGAGGUUUUCUAAGAAGCAUUCUGGAAGAUUUGGAAUGAGUGAUGAAAAACAAACGGAUUAUGGUAAUUGGGACUUGUUGAGAUGAGAGGAAGUGUGCUAUUGGGGUAAAAGAAUGUAUGUGGGGAAUGUUUCUGGAUUUGACGUUUGGAAAGUUUCACUUUUGAGUGAAGAGGGUGAAGACUGAAAUUUCGGCUUAUAGUGAAAGCACCAGAUUGUGUCUUGGUUGUUUCAACCCUUGUGUACGUCAUUUAGAGAAGUCACUUCCCUAGGGACUAAAUCCUGUGAAAAUUGUAGUUGUUAAUAGAGGGGAAAAGCUGGAAACUCCCAUAACUUUAAAGGACUUUGUAGCAUAGCAAAGGUAUGAAGCCACAGUUACAGGUGCCGCCCCAUGAGAAUGAACCAAGAUGCUUUUAUUUGGUUUUAGCCUUAAUUUGGGGUCUUAAUUAAAUAUUUGGGCCCUUUAAAAAAAAAAUGGACUGCUUUGUUUUAAACUAAUAAUUAGCAGCGAGUCAGUCUUGUGCCAAAAAUGGUUGUUGCUGUUUAUUGGCAAAACACACUGACAUUGUUUGGUAGUGUAACGUUGCUCUGCAGAUCUGACUGAACACUAUAGAAGGGAUAUUGUUUUCUACCACAUCAGGGCUGUUAUUGUACACAUGAGCCAAGGCAGUUCCUCAUUAUCUCUGCAGUGCAAACUCACACUCACAGCCAGAUCGAUCCGUGGCUUGGCUUGUUGAGACACUCUGAUCGUUUGCUUUUUAAAAAACAAAACACUGAAGCAUUUCACUUUAUCAAACACGACAAAUCCCUUAGCAACUCUAAACAAAGUCAUAGCGUGUUCGGGGUGUUGACGUGUCUUAAUGUUAUGCUCUAUUUAUUUGAAUUUCACUGACGUAUUGUGGAAAGAAACUAUGUCAAAUGCUGAAUAUGCUAUGCUACUAGUUUUGGAUUUUUAAAAAAGUGAUGCACACCUGAAAUUAUUUGUUUCUGUUUGUUAUUUGCUGUGCUCAUGUGUUAUGAUCAUUCCAGUGCUGCAUCACGGUUAAAUAUGAUUAUUAGCAUUCCUAAGAAACAGGUUUUUGAUGGAAGGAAUAACACCAACAGUCAGACAAAAUCUAUACAGCUGUGUAUUCACAACAGUUCUCGCACUGUGUGUCAUUCAACAUUUGUGUGUGGUCUUAAUCCUGGAAACAUGUUAUCUGAUUAAAACUGGAACACUGUUUACUCUUUGAACAUAGAUAUAUCUGGCGCCCUCCCUCCCCUGCCCCUCCUCAGCAUCAGCCUCUCUCUCUCUCUCUCUUUUUUUUUUAAUUUAUUGAAAACAAAAGCCUCAUGUGUGGUCGUACUGUUUUAAUCUCCAUCCACUUUGGCCUUUUGGAAACCACUAUUGACAAUAUCCCUUGAAUUUGACAAAAGAAAUAGUUCAGGCUGAGUAGUAGAAAACUUACUGUCCUUGUUUGAUCACUAGUAUGUGAACAAUGCCUAAUGUCUUGUGUAACAAAUAAAAAUGAAUUAAACUAUGAAUGACAUGAUAGAAAAAUAAAAAGCACAUGGCAAACCUGGAAA